AUGGACCCUUCGUUACCGAAGUUUCUCUUCUGCACCCGAGGUUUGAAACAACUACCUACACACAUACGUGACGGUCUCUUUGCUCAAUAUUUCUUUGUGGAUGCCAAUCAAAUUUCACGCUUGUCGAGGUCUCAUCCCGACAGCAUUUCUUUGUCGUUCGAAGCCACGGAGACGAUCGUCUUCAGUUUUUAUCGCGUUCUCUCUCGUGCUCCUCUCGUCAUUUGCGAACCCCUUAAGCGGCCCGGUGUCGACAAUGGACUUUUUAUCGGCGUACCGCCUUUACUGUCGUGCACAUACGCAUCGUUUGCCGGUCAUAAAGUUCCGAGCGACGCGGCUUGUCUACCGAGCCGUGGAAUUUUGCUGCUCUCAUGA